AUGGGUAAUUGUUGGCAUCGAUGCUAUGCAGAAGAAAAUAAUUAAAUUUAAGAAUAAACUAAUUUAAGAAUACCACUUAUAAAUUAAGAAGUAAUUGCAGACACUAAUCAAAAUAUUCAUGAAAAUUAAAAAACAGAAAAAUAAUUUGAAAAUUUGACAGAUUUUUCUCUUUUAAAAAUAUAAGAAAGAAUAUAUGUCUACCACAAAAAAUUUUCAAUUAAAACUUUUCAUGAAGAUCUUGAAUAAGUCUUUUCUUAAUUUUUUAAUUCUAAUGACCAGAGCCUAAUAAGUAAUAAUAACCAAUUAAAGUUCUUGUUCGAUACACCUAUGUAUAGAAUGUUUUCAGAUAGUAUUACAGAAUUCGCAUCAACCUAAAUUUAAAUUCAGAUGGCAAUGGCAAUGGCUUUGAAAAAAUAUUAAUCAAAAUGGAAAUAUUAAUCAAAAUAGAAAUAAUUUUUAAAAUUAAAUUCAAUUGAAGAAAUUAUUGGAAAAGCAAUUUGUUUAAACAUAAUAUUUAAUAUGAUUCCAUUAUUUAUAGAUUAAUCUUAAGUUUCGGAAUAAAUUUAAAAUACUAAUUUUUUGAAAUUAUUUAGAAGCAUUUAAAUUGUUUACUUGGUUUGCGAUAGUAUCAAAUCAAUACUUGAUUAAUAACUAAAAGCAGAUUCCUAUAAAUAAAAUAUCAUGCUCUAUAAUCUAUUCUAUUAAAAUUAUUCAAAGCUAAUAUUAAAUCUUAAUAAAGAUAAUGAAUGUUUUUAUAAUGAUUUACACAAUACUUUAAAUUUAAGUAAAUAAAACAAUUUUUCAUUGUUGGGAUAUUAUCUGAGAUUUUGGUGUUAGAUAGUUCUGACAAAAGAUGAUUAAUAAAAAAAUAAUAUCAGAGCAAUCUUAAUAGACAGCUUCAGAAACAUAAAUAAAUAAGAGAUGAAAUUCGAAGUAUAUGCUUAUAUACUAGGAGCAAUAGAUUUAUGCUCAAAUGAAUAUACAGCUAAUUGGAUAGGUCAUUAAAAAAACUUUUAAAUUGAAAACAGAUUGAUAGAUAUGAAUUAUAAUGAGCUUAAUAAAAUAUUAUUUAAAGAUCUUACAAGUUAUACAGAUUUUAUACAUUAAAACUUAUCCUCAUGUAGAUCUUACUAUCCAUCAUGGAUUUAUUAAAUAAAAUAUCAAUUAUAUUCAUUAGAUUUGAAAAUCAAAAAAUUAAUGAGUGAAAUAAAGAAAAUUUAUUUUAAAGAGGAUAGUUUUUAUUAAAAAGAUAAAAUAACUCAGAGAUCUUAUUCAGAUUUGCCUACAGGUUAAGGAUUAUUUAAUGAAAAUUAAAAAAAUGAUGGUUAAGAAUUUUAACUGAAAACUAUGGCGAUGUUAUUAUUUAUUGAUGAUGAAGUUUAACCAAAAGAUGUUUAAUUUGAUUCUUAAAAACCCUAUAUUACUGUUUAGUAGUAAAAAUAAUAUUAAAAUUACUAAAAGGAGAAAUAUUAUUCAUAAAUAGGAAAAGUGGAAUCAUAAAUAAAUUUAGAAUAAGCUAAAAUAAUCGAUCAAAAAUAUUUUUAGCAUUUAAAAAUCAUUAUAAUAGAAUACAAAAAGGUUUUGAAUCUUAUCUCAAGAAGAAAUUCUAUUUUAGAAUCUAGAUUUAGAAAUAUCAAUUGGAAAAACCAAGAUGAAGAGAAAAUUAAAAAUUAUAAUUAUUUUAAAAUUUUUAAUUUAUAAGAAGAAGAAGAAGAAUUAAAUAUUAAUUUAAUGAAUUUAAAAAUAAAGAUUGAUUAUAAAAAGACAAACGAAGAAGAGUAUUAAUUUAACAAACAAUUUCUUCUCAAAUCAAUUGAAAAUAUGAAUAUCUUAAAAUUGUUUUGA